AUGGAAGGAAAUCUGGAGCAUCUUAGAGCAAACUACAGCCUUCUGGUUAAUGAGAAAAACAAGCUACAAGAAAACUACAGCAUUUUAAUUAUUGUCAAAGAGCAGGUACAGGAGGAUUGCAGUUUCAUUGUUGAAGACAAGAAGCUUCUGGAGGAAAACUACAACAUUUUGGAUAAAGAGUACAUCCAGUUACAAACAAACUCAAGAAUUUUGACAGAAGAGAACAACAGGUUAAAGGAAAACUAUGGCAGUCUAACUGAAGACAGGGAGGCGUUACGAAGAAAAUAUAACGUAAUGUUACUUAAAGUACCAUUCUUGGAUAAGUACUGUCCUUCUUUUUGUAAAGAUUAUAGAAGAGCAUCUGCUACGUCAUCUGAAUUGACAAAAUGCUCAUGUACAUCAUGUCCUGACAGAUGGGAAACAUUUAAUUCCAAGUGUUACUAUUUCUCUACUCUGGACAAGAAGACCUGGGAAGAAAGUCGACAAUACUGCGCUAAUUAUGGGGGUCACCUUGUGAUUAUAGACAGUGAGGAGGAAUUGGUUUUUAUCAACAAUCAUGCAGCUGAAAAAUACUGGAUUGGACUGACUGAUGCAGAGGGAGAAUGGACCUGGGUAGAUGGCACCCCUCUAAAGGAUCAUAGCUGUAACAGUGAGUGUGGCAGUUAUCUGGCAGGAACAAUGACUCUUAUGCUGUUUUUAUUUGAUUCUUGGAACCCUUGUUUCAAAUUCUUACAUUUGUAUUUGCCAGCUGAUCUCUGCGGUCCCUGUCCCUGGGGCUGGCAGAGGUUAAACUCCAAGUGUUACUAUAUCUCUAAGCAUGGAAAAUUGCACUGGGAUGACAGUAAACAGUACUGUUCCAAACAUAGAGCUCACCUUGUGAUUAUAAACAGUGAGGAGGAAAAGAAUUUUAUCAACAAACAUAUAGCCAGUGAUUACUGGAUUGGACUGUACAGGGAAGCAUGGAUGAGGGCUUGGACCUGGGUGGAUAACACCCCUCUAGGUGAGAACAGAUUCUGGCAAAAAGGACAGCCAGGAAAUCUAUAUUAUUACUCUAAAGAAUGUGUCAUUUCUAAUGCAGCUGGAUGGAAAAAAGAGAGCUGUUACUCUCACAAUUUUUGGGUCUGUGAAACUGAAGCACUAAUAUUCUAAUUUUGUUACACAUGAAACUUGCCAGAGUUGUUUGUACACAAUGAAAAAUCAUUUGUUAUAAAGUAUAUUGAUAGAUAAUAGUUCUUUUCAAGUUUUUAUGUGAUAAAACAAUUAUGUUUAGUGUUCAUUAGAUAAUUAGCUUCUUUAAAAGCACUGCUGCCUGUAUGGACAAUUACAGUUUGUGACAUGAGUGUAAUAUAAACCUUGCAAUAUAAUUAUGCUCAUAAUACCCAUAACUGUAGUAAAGGGGCUAAGGAACAUAAUUUAACCACCAGCAUCUACAUCAAAGCAAAGACGUUCAAAGUAUGUACUUCAAGUCGAUAUG